AUGCUAAGGCAGCAAAGUCAGGCCCACCAGCAGAACCAGCAGUUGAUAGCUGCCCUCAUGAGAAGAAUGGAUUUGGAAGAGAAGCGUCGAAAUGAGGCUGAAGAGAAGGCAGCGGAGACCGCACGUUUGGUUGCGGAGGCUGCAGCUAGAGCCAAGAGCUACCUCGUCUUCGAGCUCUGUUCGAGCCCAUUGGUGCAGAAUAGAGCGGAGAAGUACCUUCCAUCUCUGCCGAUGCUAGAGCAUCAAGGCAUGAACAAGGGCAGGAUGCGAGAAGUGGAGACGUGGCAUGCCUACUUGGAGACACUGUCAUCGUGGCUUGCUCUUCAAGAUGAGUCUUUCGUUCGAGAGUUGCAACUCUGCGUCAAGCAAAAGAAUGAGAUCCUUCAGAAGGAUUUGGCGGAUGAUGUUGCUGCUCGAAGCAGAGUCCGAGUCUUCGAGGACCUCCACCGUGAUGGCGAUGAGGUUUGCGAAGCCUUCUGCUGGACGAGAAGUACUGUAGGCGCCCUGACUGGAAGCACCUCGAAGGGAGAUGCGGCAUACGUCUGCGCUUCGCUGCAGGGAUCGGACAUGGAGAUCGACUCUCUUCCUGUUGACAAGGAACCCAGGAAAGACAUUACUGCAGGACCAAGCAUCCUGAAGAAGACUUCGAAAGAAGUGAAGAGUGAUGAGAAGCCUGGAAAGGACGAGAAGUCUAUCCGCCAUGUCUUGACGGGAACGCCGUUUGUGCUGAGCAUGUCGGAACCUCGAAUGGAGGUGGAGCAAGAUUCCCACAACUCUCCAGCGGAGAGUACCGGGCAGGAGGUUGUGUUUUUGAAUGCACCCGUAGAGCCUGCACCAGCAGAGGCGGCGCCAGCCGAGACUGCGGACGCAGGGGCUUCAGUUGCCCCCUUCAAUGUUUUCUCGAGGCCUCCGAGUCAAGUUGCAGUACCUUCGCCUUCGGUGGCUGCAUCAGAGACAGGAGAAACGGAAGAGGAGGAAGCAUGGGGAAGAUGGAGGGCUCAAACGGUGGCAUCCACAAGCAAGCCUUCGCAGCCAUCAGACGAGCCGCCUCUGAUAGUGAAGUGGAGAAGCAUGCUGAGGGGGCCGCGCUACAGGUAUUUUAUGCAAGCGAUACGACAACAGCGAGAAGAUCUGAUUGCAUGUGGAUACCCUGUGCCGGCAAUUCCAGAGAACGACCUGGAACCUGCAGUUCCACUUAUGUCUAUCGGAGAUGGACUCGUUUAUUCUUCCCGCCAGGGGACCAUCUUUGCGUCAUUGACAGAUGCUUUGAUGACCGACGGCUACCUCCUCGAGGUUGGACAGAAGCGUCCAGACCCAGGUGUGGGACCGUGCCUGGGAACGGGGUGGUCCAAGAGGCUUCGCGAUCACGAUCCCGAUCCUCUGGAUGGAACGCCCUACAUCAGCGCAGAGGUUGCGUGGGCGCUGUGGCUGCCCGAGUUUCCGGAAGCCCCGGAUCAUGGAGGGAUCCUUCCGGUGAAGAGAAAGAGGGAUUUUUCCCAGCUCACCGACGAGUUGUUGGACGAGCAUACUACAAGGUUCGAAAUCGCGGGUCAAGGCCGCACUCUUCAUCAACGCGGCGUGCGUGCAAGGGACGCGCGUGCCGCUAUCGAAGGGUAUACUCCCGAUCCAAGUCACCUACGCCACCAGAGUGGCGGGGACGUGGCUGCGCUGGGUUACAUCAAGCGUAUCCUCAAGGUCCUGACCGUUUACGAGGCCAUGCCGGAAGCGGAACGCAACCUUUUGGCUGGAAUGUAUCCAGACGACGUCGAGCUCCAGCUCGAGUGGGUGCCAGGCUCAGCCAUCAGGCAUGGGUGGCGUGCGUUAAUGGGGGCAAUGGAUCAGCGCACCCGGCGCGAUAUCGAGUUCGAAGCAGUGGUCCGAAAACGGGAGGACUUGCAGUCCGCUCGACCCAAGGUCAAGGCCAGAAGGACGGCUGCAGCUGCUUCCACAGAUACUGGAGGUGGAAUUGGAGCGAUGGACGAAGGCUCGGAGACAGAGUCUGCAGAGUCAUCCUCGGCAAGUUCGUCGGACGAAUCGAUUCCAAUGGGGGAAUACAUGAUGCAGAGCCGGACCAGAGUUUUGGCGCUCAUCGAAGCGGAGAAAGCCUUGAAGGAUGUGGGCUCCUCUGCGCCGCCCCCACCGUCUCCUAUCAUUAUGGAGCCAUCGCCGGUCGCGACGGACGGGUACAAGUUCGAUCCAGCAGCCCUAGGAACCCCUCAGGGGGACACUGCGGCUCCUUCGACACCGGUGCCUCCUUCGCCUUCCGCAGUUUCAUUGGCCCCUUUGGAGUCCUUCAAGUUCUUGGAUGUUCCACCUGUUGCUCCUCCUGGUCCCUCGGGCCACAGUGUGGAGCCGAUGGUGGUGGAAAAGGAGCGGGAAAUUCCAGGUGCUCUGUCGAAAUCCAAGGCAGCACCAGCGGGGGCUACACCGAAGGCCUGGUCUGUGGUCCCAACUUCCUCGCCUUUGACGGUUCCAGAAGCGCCAGUGGCUGUAGAGUCUUUGCCUGCAGUUCCAGAGCCUACCUCCGAGACCGCUACAUCAUCCGCAGCGGGUGCCCUUCCGCCUCCGGGCGGCUUGGGUCAAACAGCCGAAGAGAGGGAGUUUGUGCUUCCUUCCCCUGGAGAAGCAUUGGAUGUUUUCGCUUGCUUGGCGAUCUAUGUGAUAGCAAGUUUCGAGGAGUUGGUGACUACCCUCAACUUGUAUCCCGAAAGUACCGUUUACACCAUCGUCGUAAAGGAGUCCGAGUGCGAAUCAAGUUUUAAAGCCUCUUUGAAGUUCGCAUGUAAGGCCAUGUGCUUGGGCCUUUGUCUCGACAGGUAUAUGCCUCCAAAGCCGAAGAAGAAGCCCGAACGACCAGUGGUGGAAGGAAGAGAUUACAUUCCCUUGGAAGGGGGAGAACCAGACGGGCCAGUGGAGAUCGGGAGCGAAGGCAGCUGGAGAGACUCUCUGCACUCGCAGCAGAGACGGAAAGGAUCCAACGGCGAGCAAGGGAACGAGCCUUGCAGGAACCAGUUCGGUUUCCAAAGUCAGGAGGGCCACCGCCACCAGCGGGCCCAGAACCAGAGCAAGCUCCAGAGUGUCCACCGCCAGGAGAAGAACGAGCUCCAGAGUGUCCACCUCCGGACCCAAUGCCGUGUGGUACGAAACUUCCUCUUCACACGCUGGACGGGGAACCCAGCAACGCAGCAGUGGCGGAACACAUCCGCCGGAAUGAGGAAGAGUAUGCUGCAAGACGUGCCGGUGCAAUUCCUUCAGGAGACGAAGCAAGAGCCAGGGAAUCCAAGGAAUUUGCUCGUGGAGUUGCAUACUUUCGAGCCAGGUACGGCCAGCGAAGCCAAAGCAGUGGAACAGCGAGUUCCAGCCGAGACACGGGGCCUGGGACCCUACAACCCAGGACGGGACCUGGGACCCUACAACCCAGGAUGGAAGAUGCGAGAAAUGAGCCAGGGAGCAGUUCCAGAGGACCACCUCCGAAGGAACGACCUGCUGGAAGCAAGGCGCCACCUCCAGAGCCAAAGGGACCACCACCGAAGCGAGGGGGAGCAACGCAAGCCACUACGCUCUACCCGAAUUCUCCUUGGAGGAGAGCAGAAAGGAGGAGAAUGCGAGAAAGGGGCGAGGAGCCAAACCCUGGAAAUGAGGAAGAUGAAUGGGGAGAUUGGUCAGGACGAUGAGGUCGACUACCAGAAGGAGAAAGCAGAGAUCGACUACCAGAAGGAGAAAGCAGAGAUCGACUACCAGAAGGAGAAAGCAGAGAUCGACUACCAGAAGGAGAAAGCAGAGAUCGACUACCAGGAGGAGAAAACAGAGAUCGACUACCAGGAGGAAUCAAAAUUCUAUGGCCUAUGUACAAACAAGAGCCUCUACUCCGACAAGACUAUGAAUGGAACAAGAGAUCCAUUGGUGAUGUGGAUUUGGACCAGUAUUCCAGGAGCAAAGAACCUCUACGACCCCAAGACUAUGCAAUUCGAUUGCAAUGGAGCAAUGGCAAUGAUGCUUAUGCUUGGAGCGCUUGAGCAGAGGGGCACGGAGAGAUCACUUGCGUUCGUGUGCUUGUGUGAGAAAACAACAGAGAGGUUGGAGCAACAAGCAAGCAGUUCGGAUGAUCUGAACCGAAGGAUUGAAAGUGCGACAAAGGCGAUCAAGGCACCAGAUGUUUGGAACCCACAAGCCUCGGGAGAGCAUCCACCGGAUUUUACAACCUGGAAACAUCAGUUUCUGAAUUGGCUAGGUUUUGCCGAUUCGCAGUACUCAGAAGCUCUAAGUAUGAUUGAAAGUCUGGGAGCAACGCCGAUCGAUGUUUCGACUCUCACUACAGUGGAGAGAGAACUUUCGACAAAGCUUUACCACAUACUGACUUCGUAUAUGCGGGGAGCAGCAACGCAACUGUCUCGAAAUUGGAGCAGGGAGCGAUGUGGGUAUCGUCUCUAUCAAAGUUUGCUUUGGGAAUACCAACCAGCCACCAAACAACGAGCUCUAACCCUCAGUCAAGCGAUUGGGAUGUUUCCCAACUUCGAUGGGGCCAAGAGCAUGGUGGAGCAGAUUGGUUCACUGGAAAACCUUGUUCGGGAGUACGAGAUCGCUUCAGGAAAGACCUACGAUCGAGAUUUGUUGAUGGGAGUUUUGCUUCGAUGUUCACCGAGGGCGAUUCGAGACCACCUUACUUUGACAAUGCCCGAAGGAACAAACUACAUGUCAGUGAAGCAAGCGAUUCUUUCAUACGAACAAAGCAGCAAAACUUGGGAUUACCAGACGGUGUUGAAGCAAAAGACCUUGCAGAACACAGCGAGCAGUUCAAAUGCAGAUCAAGGACCAGCACCAAUGGAAGUGGAUGCAGUGUACGAGAAAGGAGCUUUGGAGCAGGAUUUCGCCAAUGGAGAAAAGGUGGACGAAAAGGAAGCUACAAAGGAGGAAAGAAAGGACGAGGCAAAGGUUUCCACAAAGGAGGAAAGAAAGGCGGAAAGAAAGGUGGAAAGCAUGGCAAAGGAGGAAAGAAAGGUGGAGGCGAGCGAGGCCAGCACCGAGGUACCCCACUCGACAGUCGAGUCUGUUACUCCGUCGCAGAGUGCGAGCCAAUACAGGAUAAGGAGAGUGAGGAACAUUGAUUUCCAUCACAUUGCGAACACACCACCUGACGGCACAGAGCACUAUGAGCUUAGCGAAGUUUCAGAAGAAGAAGGUGAUUGGUUCACCAGAAGGAUAGAGGUGCAAGGACCAGAGUGCUACUACAUCGGGGAUGAGAGUGAGAACAAACAAGAUCAUGAGAGUGAUGAGCUGUAUCAAUGGUAUGAAAACAGCUUGGAAAGAGUUCAAGGAGGAUCGGAACCUCUCAAUGUGCGAAUGGUCCAGUUGGACACAAAGCAACAUGUGGUGAUCUUGGAUUCAGGUUGCAAGACGCACAAGGGGGUGCGAUGCGAGUUGAAGGGGGGCGAGACCUGGGGAGAAGAAACCCAGGCGGGGGAACUUGUAUCUCCCGAUGGUAAGGCACGGGUGCCUGUGGAAUACCAGAGGAAUAGCUUGAGAUUGACAGCGGAAGUUAGAGGAGUCGAGCAAGUCAGGGCAGUCAAGGUGACUUUGGCCUAUGACUUUGGUAAAGUCCCAGAGAAGGAUUGGAGCCUUCUACCGAAUGGAACGCCAGUCCAUCGCCAUUUUGGACUUGAGUUUGUAAAGCCGCCGACAGGUACUUGGAAGUACAGGACCACCAUCGUGAAGGUGGGCAACGAAUGGGAAGUGAUUGAAGUGCCAGUGCCGAAAGGAGUUGUGAAGCAGCAAGGAAAGGCAGGAGGACACCAAGAGUUGGAACUCGACAUGGGAAGUACUAUUGUGGUGAAUGGAGAGUCACUCACAGCAACGAGUGAGAUUGAGAAGCUGCGAGAAGGUUGUCGGUAUUUGGGUUUGAGCGUCUCAGGGUCAAAGGUGAAGAUGUUCAGGAGACUGUGCAACUACCUCACCGAAGACAGAGAUGAGGACGCAGAAGAAGUUGCAGACAGGCUGAGGAAGCAAAGGCCCAAAGCAAGAACAAGACCCGGAGUGCCCGAACCGACAGAAGCAGAGAUUGAAGAGCAUAUGGCAACCCACAUGCCAAUGCAACCAUGGUGUGAUUUCUGUGCAGCAGCAAAGUCGAAACAGGACCAUACCCCACAAAGCAGUGAAGCAAAGUAUGAAGACCCAGGAAAGCCAGUGAUCCAGAUGGACUUCAUGUACAUGGGUCAGAACAGUGUGAGUCUGAUCAUUCUUGAUUCAUGGACUCGAUUUUCGUGGGCGAUUCCAGUGCCGGGGAAAGCACCGACGAAGAAGUUGGCCGAGAAAGUGGUGAAGUUUUCUCUCGAGAUGAACUACAUUUCCGAAGAAGUUCUGUUUGCGAUUGAUGUGGAGCCAGCGACAACAGCCUUACUGGAUUUGAUUGUAGCAAUACGACAAAAGUUAGGCUACAAGGCUGGAAAGUAUCCAAACAAGCCCUACCACAAAGGAAGAACAGCGAGAGUGGAACGCCACAUUCAGAACCUCAGGAGACAAAGCCUCACGAUGAUUGAAAUGGUCGAGGAUCGGAUUGGGGAAAAGAUUCCUGAAGAUCAUGCUUUACGAGCGUGGGCAAUUCACCACGCAGCAUGGUUGUUCAACAGGUACCACCUACACUCAGGGACGCAGAGUACAGCUUUCCAAUUGGUCUACGGGAGACCAUACCAAGGGCAGAUUUUACCCUUCGGAGAGUAUGUGUUUGGUCUGGCCAAGCCUGGAGGAGUGAAGAAUCGAUCCUUGUGGACAGGAGGAAUAUGGGUUGGAAAGGACGACCGGGACAUGGACGUGAUUACAUCAAAAGAUGGGAUCUUUACGUCAAGAUCUGCAGAGAGAAAGAAGGAGGAGAAAAUGAGCCAGAGCCAGCAGGAGAUGAAGCAGGCGGGGGACAAAAGAGAGAAACUGAAGGAGAAGGAAGAGAGGAACCUGCGAAAGCUAGUAAAACAGCAGAUGCUGAGGAGAAAAGCUGAACUUGACAAACUCGCCAACAUGAAGGUUGUGAAGACGAUCAAGAAGGAAGAGUGUUCAGAGGAAGGACACGCAGCAGUGCGAAUGAUGUUUCUUUUUCAUCUCAUCUACAAUUGGGAGCUUACAGUUCUUGACAUUCGUGACGCAUUCUUGCAAGUCAAGCAGAAAGCUCUGAUGUAUGCUGAUAUCUCACCGUGGAUUCGAACACUACUUGGUUUGGAUGAAGACCAUGUAUGGAAAGUGGAGAAGUGUCUGCCAGGGCAAAGAUCAGCGGCAGAACAAUGGUUUACCCAUUUGGUUGAGAUUUUGAAGCGUUUGGGAUUUGAGCAAUUUGUUGGGAUACCCUCAAUCUUGAAGCACCGAGUGAAGAAGAUUGCAGUGUCGAUUCAUGUCGACGACGAGCUAGUUGCAGGUGCGAAAGGCGAAGGAAGAUGGCUGAUAUGCGAGCUAGAGAAGUUUUUCAAGCUCACAGUUGAGGGACCGUUCCCAUCCCACCGGGGAUCGGGAGAACAGCUUCAUUACCUGAAGAGGACCUAUGAGUUCCUUGAAGAAGGAAUUUUGGUGACAGUGUCGAAGAAGCACUACGAGAAGCUUAAAGGACUCUACAAGCUGGGGAACCGAAAGCCAAGACAAACCCCAGAGCACCAGCUGAUUGGAACAGUGGACAAUUCCAAAGAACUGGAGGAGAACGAGUGCAAGAAGUUUCGUUCAGCGUUGGGAACACUGUUGUACAUUUCUCAAGACCGAUGGGAUUUACAGCAUGUGACGAAGUGUUUGGCAAGUAAGAUGUCGAAGCCAACGGAACAAGCGUUAACCUGUUUGAAACAAGCUUUGCUCUAUGUGCAAGGAACAGAGCAACUGGGAUUCCUACUGAAGUACACAAAGGUUGGAAACAAGAUGCUGGAUGCGAAAGUUACUCGUGGAGAUCCGGAUGGAUUCAAGUGCGGGAAGACAAUGGAUGAUGCGAACAGGAGAGAUUUCUCAUGUACCAUAUUGGAGCCAUGGUGUGGAAUGGAGAAAGUCAUGAGCGUUAUGGGAAAGAAGAAGCAAUGGAACAUGUGGCAGGUGAAGUUUGCCGAAGCCAAGUUCGAGCACUACGACAGCCAGACGAUUUUGGAGGACGAGAACGAGAAGAACGAGAAUUUGUUUUCAUCUAUGUGA